CCCUUAAAUUGCCCCCAAAGUUUGUAGGAGCGUUUAGCCCGGACCUCUUUUCGCCCUGGAGCGCUACGCGAUGCUCUCCCACGCCGACCUCCUGGAUGCUCGGCUCGGUGAGUUCUCGGCUCUAAACCCGGGAGCUAAACUCCACUGGAUGAAAGAUGCUGCAGAGUUACUCGGACACCGAGAGGCUCUCAAGUGUCGGCUGGGCGGUGGGGUGCCGGACCAGGGCCAUCCGGGAGACAUGGCCCCCGGUUCGGACUCCGUGGAGGGAGCCACACUCCUGCCCGGCGAAGACAUCACCACCGUGGGAUCCAAUGCGGCCGGUAUGCCGGUGAACGGGAAGGAGCCCGAGAAGCAGCAGCAGCAACAACAACAACAGCAGCAGCAACAACAACCCCAGCAGAGCUCAGGCGGCCAGGCCAGUCAACAGAAACAGAAACGGCACCGAACCCGCUUCACGCCAGCACAGCUCAACGAACUGGAGCGGAGCUUCGCCAAGACUCACUACCCGGACAUCUUCAUGAGGGAGGAAUUGGCUCUCAGGAUCGGCCUCACCGAAUCCAGAGUUCAGGUGUGGUUCCAGAACCGGCGCGCCAAGUGGAAGAAGCGGAAGAAGACGACCAAUGUGUUCCGCGCCCCUGGCACGCUGCUGCCCACCCCGGGCCUGCCGCAGUUCUCGGCCGCCGCCAUGGAGAACAGCCUGUGCUCGUUCCACGCCAACGACUCCCGCUGGGCCACGGGCAUGCCGGGCGUGUCCCAGCUGCAGCUGCCACCGGCGCUCGGCCGCCAGCCGCCGGGGAUGGCGCAGUCGCUGUCGCAGUGCAGCCUGGGUCACGGCCCGCCGCCCAACUCCAUGGGGCUCUCCAACGGCCUGUCGUCCAACGGCUCCGGCCUGCAGUCGCACCUCUACCAGUCGCCUUUCCCCGGCAUGUCGGCGUCGCUCUCCGGCCCGACGAACGUGUCGGGCUCCCCGCAGCUGUGUAGCUCCCCGGACAGUGACAUGUGGAGAGGGACCAGCAUCGCGUCCCUGAGGCGCAAGGCGCUCGAGCACACAGUCUCCAUGAGCUUCACUUAGUGACUUGUACACAAGAGAAGAAGAAAAAGAAGACAAAAAAAAAAAAACCGAGACAAAAAAUUAAAAAACGAGCUUAUACCCAUCACCGCCAUGCACUCGUCCCAAUUUAGACGCCAAACGAGUGCAGGAGCCUGUAAAGAUGACGCGAGGAGCGACGUUCGUGCAGCAGCCACGCGUGGGUUGAUUUGUAAUGUUGUGUUCAAGUGAACUUGUGUUAUGUCCAACGGUUAUUUAUUAAAUAGACAUCAGGUUGUUUGCUUUCCCAACAGCCUAUGCGUGCAGAGCCCGUCCGAGCUGCAGGCAUGCACUCUGCAUGCGUGGGGAUUUUACACGAGGGGACACGCGCAUGCACGCGCUCACUUAUUCUAUAACAGUGAUCUUUCAGUCUAGGCCUAAACUCUGUUUUAGGGUGUUUUUGUGUAGAUAAACAAAACAUU